GACCAAACCCUCUCCACAUUACCCCCACCAAACCAAGAGGACCCAUUCCCCCCUACCCCCCCCCCCCCCUCAGCGAAGAUGUGAAUCGAGCAGGGAGCCGUCAAACUUAAUCGGCGCUCACUCAACUCGAUUCGCUCGCGAGGACGAGGGAGAAGAGCUCCGGACUCGGUGGCGUCGCCUGCUCUGCAGUGCCACACCGGGCGGCGCGGCUCCUCAACGCCUACCGCGGAUUUCCGUUAGGAUGGCGACGGUUUGAAGCGGAGCGCCGCGGGCUGCGGGACAUUUAAACUGGAGACCAUGUUUGGCAAGGGCGUGAAGAGGAAGCUGACGGAGGAGGACGCGGUGGGCACGGCCGGCGGGCUGCUGCUGCUGCCGGGGGGCAGCGGCGCGGCGCCUUCCCGCUGCCCCCCGCCGCCCUGCGCCGCUCCGGGGCCAGGCCGGGCGUACGCCCUGCAGCGGCAGACCGUCAUGUCCCUGUCGCUGGGGAAGCUGCAGGAGGUGCGUGGCCAGGUGGAGCCGUGCCUGCGCCGUUACGUGGCCGUCACCAACACGCUGCGCCGCAUACAGGAGGAGUUGAGGCAGGAGGGCGUGUCGCGCCCUCUGCUGCCCCCCUGGGUGGGCGCCGGCGUCGGGGCUCAGGGUCCCCCUCCUGACCGCAGCUGCGCGGAGACUCCGCCCCACUCGCCGGGUCGGGGGGUGGCCGGGAGCCCCUCGUUCGCUCUCCUGCCGCCCUCCUCUUCGACUCUGCCUCUGCUCCUCCCGCCAGCCGUGGACCUGCGGAGCGAUGCGGGCGGCCCCGAGGGUUCCCUCUGCGCCAUCUCCAAGCUCUGCCACGACGACGACGAAGACGACGGCGACGACGACGACGGGCGGGGAGGAGACGCCGGCGCCCCGCCGCGCGCGGAGCCCGCGGGCCGGACUCGGUGCGCCUGCUCGGCGGGGACGGCGCCGACGCGGGGCGACGCGCGCCCGCCGGCCGCGGCCUGCGGCUGCGCGCGCCGCGACGCCAGCGCGGAGACGGAGCCGUCGGAGCGAGCGGCGGGGCCGCCGGCGCCCGGCCCGACCGGCAGGUCGCCCCCCGACGCGCGAGCGCCGCCCGUCCCCGAGAUGCCGUUCGGCGGCGGUGGCGCCGGGGCGGGAUGCCUCGACGGCACGGCCACCGCCUUCCUGCUGCCCGAGCUGUCGCUGGACGACGUGUUCACGGACGUGGACACCGCCAUGUACGACUUCGACCUCUUCGCCCCGACGGCGCUCGCGAGCGGCCGCGGGGCCGGGCCCGCGGCGGGGGACGAGUGGCCGCGCGGGGGCGUCCCGGCGCCGUGCAGCUCGGCCACGGGCGGCUCGCCGCAGUUCAAGGCCGACCUCAGCGAGCUCGACCACAUCAUGGAGGUGCUGGUGGGGUCUUGAGGGACGGGGCCGUCGGACGGCGUCUCCUGCCGAACGUUCCGGGGUCGACGUCCCGCGGGUCGCGUCGGCGUGACCCCGGGGUGGGGGCGAGCGCCGCCCUUCAGCGACGGCGCGGGGCGGCGUGCGCUUCGAUCGGAAGAAAGGGCGUGGUGCCCAUGUCCCCUCGUGUAGGGCGGGGGGCGUGUUGCUCGCACGCUUAGCGGUGUCGGCGCCGACCCAAACGCGCGAGUUCUCUGGCCUCUCCCAACUUACAAACUCGACGGCAUUCAAAGAGCCUCCGUGACUCGUCUGGGGGCGAAAGAGGAACGUCAACCAAUAAUGGCAUCGUGUAAAUCUCGCGGAUAACUCGUGAGCACGCCGUGUGCACGUUUUGGGACAAGGUGCUCUCCGUACAAGUUUUCGGGAGGACUCGCGGCUGCCUCUGUCCGUCCCGCGCAUCGUUGGAUAGCGAGGGUUCGCUGCCCCCGUGCGGGGUGCGUCGCUUCCAGGGUGCUGCCAGCAUUCGCGCCGCGACCAGACCAGCCGUCGGAUCGUCGUCAUCGCCGCCUCCACGACUUUGUCCGUGCUCCGUCGGCAUUCCGUGCGGACGCCGCUGAAUCUUGACGUCCCGUUUGCAUCGGGUAGAACGUCGGGGGUCGUAAUUGGACAGAAGACCCGGCUUAGUUUUUAAUUUGACUCCUACACAACCGAGGCCGUCGCCCUGCGUGGCCACGGGCGUCUUAUGCAUUAGGGAACUUACCGCCCGUGUCGCGGGCCGAGCUCUCAUCAGGUAACAAACGUCACUUCGUGCGCGUGUUUCUUUUAUUUUUUGCAAACGGCCAGAAGCACCAGCCUGGAUGGCGCACGUGGGCACAAGGUGGGCACGGGCAUCGAUGGGCACGGGCAUCGAUGGGCACGGACAUCGAUGGGCACGGGCAUCGAUGGGCCGUUUUUUUUCCCCCGCCGUCGAUGCGAUCGGACUGAGCGACGGCAUCGUGGCCCAGCCUUCUCAAGCAAUCUCUACACCCUCCUUACCUCCGGCAGGGAAAGCGCACGCACACGGUCGGUCUCACACGAGGGAUACAGCCGCCCCCCUUGGCUGUCGGCUGCCUUUUUUUAUACCGUUUUUUUUUUGUCAAGAGGAGUCUUUGAGUCGUUGACGCCGCAGGUUUCGGUUGUGCGCGUGGGAAAGUUUCGUCACCGCCCGGAUCCUUAACAUGUACACGCGCAAGCACAUACACAAGCACGCACGCAUGGGCACGUGUGGCUAGGCGCGCCGCAAUUACGAGCGUUACGCACUGCCCGGCGUACGCACGCGCGGAUGUUCAAGUAUUUUCCCAGUGCAGUUUGCAAGGUAACCUUUCUACCGCGUAGAACUUAAUUAAAUCAAUGCUACUGAUGAUGUGUGUUGUGAGUGCAGAAUACUUAAAUGCAAACCCAUAGAGGACAAUGAAACCUAGGCAGUAAUGCUGAAUUGACCCAGUGUUGGCCUCGAUCAGUGACGUAUAGUAUUUAUUAUUGCUUCCCGAUACAUGAAUAAUCUCGACACCAUUACCUUUGUGCAAACACACAAACAUUACAGUAUUUGUGUUCCAGUUUACAUGCUUCCUAUACUUUUCAUUUAGAAUUCAGUUGCACACCGUUUGCAAAGAGUUACACCUUGCAGCAGGGAACCUACCAGUCCAAGUACCCUGUUAUAAAUACCAUGACCCUGCAGACAGCAGUACCAGCUCUGCAGAGAGCAAUACAAGUAUUUUGAGUACACAGAGAGCGGUGCCAACUCUACAGAGAGGUAUAGAAAUAAUUGUCACUACAGAGAACGGUACCAGCAUAAGUGCCGUGACCUCGCAGAGUUCAAUACCACGUCAAGUAUCUUCACACAAACGCAAUAUUAACUCUGCAGUGAGUCGUACGUGCACAGGUAUCAUGAACCCACAGAGAGUAGUACCAGGUUACCAGUACAAGUAUUGCGACCCCAACUUUCAGGGGUGACGAGCGUGCCCAGUCUUUAGGGGCCAUCCUUUUAGUACGUACGCAUGGAGGGGGGGGGGGGUUAACCCAAAUGCCUACGCUUGCGUAUGGGAGGGUCCACUGACAAUGUAUGUACGCAUAGGAAACGGGGGUGGGGGGGGUGGGGGGUUAAGCCUCGAUAACAAUUUGUCUACAUUGGCCUUCAAAUGAGCCACAGUUGAAUUUCUUCAGCUGUCAGGCAACAAGUACUACCAGGAGAAGUGGGACUGUGGGAGAGGUGUCACUUGUGUGCCACCGUGCCCCUGACUGCGAGCUAUCACGCAGCUCAACAAAAUAAGUGGCCAAGGUACGCAACUGAAUUCUUUAAUGCAACCGGCGGUGGACUAUCUGUUUGCUUAAACACGUUAAUAUUAUCAAUAUUAUUUGAUCUUUCGCUAAAGUCACGUAGAUAGGUUCAAAGAAAAUAAAAAAAUAACAAUCUACGUGACUUUA